AUGUCGUCGCGAAUGCCUUCUAUCCGUCGUCCUGUAAGGACAACAACAAAAGCCGAGGACCCGGUAGACAAUCCUGGCACUGUCAACAAGAGGAGCCAACUGCCACAGCUGACUCCUCGCUCACUCAAGAUAAGCAAAGAUGUUUCUGCCUCGAGCUUGCCCAUGUCCAGUCCGACAAGACCGACCAUGGCCAUCCCGACCAGUAGAAAGGAAGACAAGACUGCUAUGCCACCACCUUCGGCUCCUCUGGGUCGCACUCAAUCCAUUCGCACCCGACCAAUACCCCAGCCUUCGGCGUCUACUACCGCUACCUCUACAAGGUCAGGAAUGGUCCCUCCCCACGAUCGCUAUCAACUCGAGCACCCGCCUCUUCAACAGCCACUGCUCCGAAACCGCGCGUCGUAUCGCAUUCUCGAACAGCCAGUACCUCGACCCUCGCAGCAUCGAGCNACUGGUGACUCGACCAUGAAGCGUUCUGGCACCAUUACUUCAUCCUCGAGACAUGUUCGGUCGCAGAGUUCGACAACCACAGGGCUCAGUUCUAGACUCGCUACUCCCUCCGCCCCAUCGACUCCAACCUCGACCAGGAGCAGCGCAGAGCCCGCCAAGCCUCCUAUCCGACGUCUGGUUCGACCAGGCAUUACGUCGAGUGUUCCCAAUCUUGAGCCCCCUACCUCGAGGCCGGCAUUCAAUACACUGCAACAACACUACAGCCCUGCCAAAACCACUCUGCCCAAGCCGCCUGUACCGCCAUCGCGAGCCGCGCCAUCUGCAGAAGAAAAGGCCGUUCAGUCGGGUGCCGCCUUUGAAACGACAAAGUUGCAAUCUGAACUGCUGUACCUUUCGAUACUGCACGAGUCAGCCGGGCCAAACUUUCGGAAAUACGAGAAGAGCGCAAGGAAAGCACUUCAAGCAGAAUUCGAAGCAACUCAAGAUGAGGUGGAACAAAUACGAGAGCAAGAGCGGAUGUUCCAAGAACAAGGGAAUCUGGCUGCUAUAGCAGAUUGGUUGGGUGUCCAAGGAGCUCAUGCGAGCCCGGAAGCGGCAGAGAUGAUACAAAGUCUGAGUGGGUGCUUCAACGAAGUCAUGGUGCUGUCAUCUCCUGAAAGCAAAUAUACCGCGCUCGUACACGGCUUCUCGGAAUGGGCAAACGAGGCGACUGAGCAGGACAGGGCGCAUGUCUUCUCGGGACCCCUUCCGCAAGACUGGCAUCACACGCAUGCUUCUAUCACACAACGGCUCCGACUGGUAGAGCGAGAGGUCGAGCUGCUGCCCUCGGCACCUCCACGGAUAGGCGAAGCUGUAGACUCGUCGUUAUCCAUCAUGCUCAAAUGCUUGAAGGACUUGGUUUCAGGCAUGAAGGAGGAGUUGGAGGCUAUGGUGCGACUUGAGCAGCAGGUUGUGAGCACCGAGAAGCAGCGUGUGAGUGAUGCUGUGGCUGGGCUGUCUAUGGAUACUCUAUUGCAGUGCUCAGAAGAGUGGGCGGCUGCAUGGUAG